AUGGCUGAAUCCCAUAGAUUGUAUGUUAAAGGUAAGCACUUGUCCUACCAAAGAUCCAAGAGCGUUAACAACCCAAACGUCUCUUUGAUCCAAAUUGAAGGUGUCGCUAACCCACAAGACGCUCAAUUCUACUUGGGUAAGCGUGUUGCUUACGUCUACAGAGCUUCCAAGGAAAUUAGAGGUUCUAAAAUCAGAGUUAUGUGGGGUAAAAUCACCAGAACUCACGGUAAUUCCGGUGUUGUUAGAGCUAAGUUCAGAAACAACUUGCCAGCUAAGACCUUCGGUGCCUCUGUUAGAAUCUUUUUGUACCCAUCAAACAUUUAA